AUGCUCAAGGAUCGGCUCCUUACCCUGCGUAAAGCAAAUCCUCUUAUUCCACAGACCAGAGUUGAUGAACUCUUUGCGAUGCUGCUGGAGAAGAACAGCGCCAUCUAUAUAGAGCGGUGGAAUAAAGCAGGGAGUGCGAAAAGGCCUCUGUACGUUUCAAAAUGGACAGAUUGGGAUUUGAGAGCAUUCGCUGAUGAGACUUUCCAUGGCACCGAGAAAUGCGUAGAUUUCAUUCGCGAGUUCGAUCCUUUGAGCUCUUAUCCAGCUGGAGGGCUGCAAUUUUCUACCCUGUGGGGUCGAGCGGUUGAGCUUGAUAUGGGAGAGUGGUGUGUGAAUUUCAAGGAUUAUCCCAUUCCUUAUCUACUUGCAAAGGAUAUGCAUUUCUUUGGUCUUCUUGUGGGCGCUGAAGAAAUGGAGGAAAGUGGACGUUCCUUCCGUGAAUGUGAAAUUAAUUUGCCGGCUCCAUGGGAGACACACACAGUGCGACGUAAUAUGGCCCCAUUGAAGUUCUACUAUGAUAUGCAGUGCGAGAGCGCGGAUUUGUCAGCCACGUAUGGGCCGUGCUGGGAACCUUGCCUGUCGAUGAUUAGCCUAAUGUGGAACAAUAUCAGUGCUCCAUCGAAGGAUCCAUCAGUUCCACUACCUUUCUGGGAUAAAAUGCGCUUUCUUCUACACGGACGUUUCUCCUGGCUAAGCUCAAAGGUCGUGACAACUAUGUUGGCAUCACCUGAUCCAUACAAUACAACAGAAACUGUGGAGAUGUGCUGGGAUGAUUUCGGACUUGACUGGGCACUAGGUCAGGUUUACGGGUAUUCAUGCGCACGGCAUCUCGAUACGAUGACUCUCGCAUUCUUUUUCUUCCCUGAUCUCCGGCUUCGUGUGGUCUUAGAUUGGAUUUGUAGCGGUGAUCCUCAUGAUCACCAUGCGGUGACUCUUUGUGCUCCCCACCGUCUACCACAUUCCUUCCUGGAUCAUGACUCUUUCCGAGCCUUUCGGUCCUCAUCACUGGAUCUAUCACUAUCUUACGACGUCGCUGCCGGUGCUGAAAACGGUGAAACUGGUGAUCGCAUCCCGCACGUUCUUCUCUAUGCAAACACAUUUCGUUGUAUCGAGUUUCUUCUCAAUACGUUAACCAUGAAAAAUCGGAAUGUACGAAAAGGUCGGCUAUUCGGAACACCGCCUUACCCAAAACCGCAACUUGGGAAACAUUUCAGGAACGUGCAAGUAUCGCUUAAUUUCCCGCGAUUCUAUAUCACAUACUGGAUGUCGCAUUCAUCUGAUUACGGGUUCCGAGUAAUAUCGGAUGGUUUAAACUUGCUCGCCUCGAUGAAGCUGACCGUACAGGCUGAGGCCGAAUCGGGUAUCACACGCCGUCGCAGUUACGUAUGGAUACCUCAGCAUGUAUCAGCAACUCUUUGGGGAACUCAGGCGGCCGGAGAUUCCGCCAAGAUCGAUGCGGCCUAUCCAUAA